CAGAGGCGGGUUUAGGGUUUGGCGCUCACAAAGGCUGAGGGCGUUGCUCACAGUUGCCCUCUUUGUUGUAAUCCCUGUUGCUGCUUUGGAGAAGUUCCGGAUUGACGCGGGAAGAGCGGCACCAUGACGACCCGGCUGAAGAAGAACAGGAAGAAAAGGGGUCACGUCAGUGCCGGACAUGGUCGUGUGGGAAAGCACCGCAAGCAUCCAGGAGGUCGUGGUAAUGCUGGAGGUAUGCACCACCACCGGAUCUUGUUCGAUAAGUACCAUCCAGGGUACUUUGGCAAGGUCGGUAUGCGAUACUUCCACAAGACGAUGAACAAGUUCCACUGCCCCAUUGUCAACAUUGACAAGUUGUGGUCUCUGGUGCCUGAGGCUGUGAAGGAGAACGCUGACGGAGAAAAGAGUGCGCCUCUGUUGGAUGUGACGCAACACGGGUUCUUCAAGGUUCUUGGAAAGGGUGACUUGCCCGCGCAACCCAUGGUUGUGAAGGCUAAAUUCUUCUCCAAGCUCGCGGAGAAGAAGAUCAAGGAGGCCGGUGGUGCUGUCAUUUUGACUGCUUAGUGUGUCGAAAAGACUGUCACGUUUAGGAGAUUGUUACGAAAGCAUUAUUUUGGCGUACAAUCAGUUUUACUGAAAUUAAUGUUCCAUCGUGAAGGAUGGGUUCCGUCUCGUUUCAGGCCUCAUGUCUUGGUAUCCCUACUCUAAUGACGGAUUUCACUUCGAAUAUUUCUUUCUCUGUUACUUAAAUACAUUCUUAUUUAGUUCUGUU